GAUAGAGAGAAGGGCUUGGGAUCGUUGGAGAUCGAAGGGAGGGAAGAGAUGGAGGUGGUGGAGUGUGCGCAGCCGGAGUUGAGCCGGGAAGAGGAGAGGCUGCUGAUCAGGGACAUCACCGUCGCUGCCGAGGCCAACUCCAAGGAGGGCGACACAUUCUAUCUCAUAAAUUACAGAUGGUGGCAACAUUGGCUCGAUUAUGUUAACCAUGAUAUGACAAGCAAUGCAAACCAUGUGACGAGUUCAUAUGGUUCACAUUAUUAUGAAUCAGCAAGUAGCCCUAGGCGACCUCCACCUAUUGAUAAUUCUGAGCUAAUUUAUGAUGCUGCAUCAGAAGUAUCAAAUGUGGAAAUGGAGCUUCAUGACACUUUAGUAGAAGGCCGUGAUUAUAUAUUACUCCCAGAAGAAGUUUGGGAGAAGUUAUAUGGAUGGUAUGGUGGAGGUCCUAUGUUGCCACGAAAAGCGAUUAGUUCUGGUUUGUCUCAGACUGAUCUAGCAAUAGAAGUUUAUCCUUUACGUCUUCAGUUGCUUUUGAAUCCAAAAGGCGAACGAGCAAUGGUUAGAAUAAGCAAAAAGGAAAAAGUUAGAGAACUUCACAGGAAAGCCUGUGAAGUAUUUGAUUUGAUCAUGGAUCAAGUCUGUAUUUGGGACUACUAUGGUUGCCAGAAGCAUGCUUUGAUGGAUGACAUGGAAAAGACCCUUGAUGAUGCAAAUAUACAGAUGGAUCAGGAUAUUUUAGUAGAGAUCAUGGGAAAUGGGAAUGGUAACACAUUUGGUGGUGGUUCAAGUCCUGCGCAAGAAAAUGGAUCCAUUGAGAAGGACCCUGCUUCUGUUGUUGCUGAGCCAUGUAAGUCGAGUUUGUCAGUUGUUGAAGGUUUGUCAACGAGCAAGAAUGCCUCCAGAAGCUGCAGUUCAGAAUUCUCACAGAGCCAAAUUCUGGCUUCCCCCAGCAGUGACUUGGAUAAUGUACAAGGAACAAAUAGCAUCAAUACAAGAGGGACUUCUGUUGGUCUGACUGGGCUGCUGAAUCUCGGAAAUACCUGCUUCAUGAAUAGUGCAAUACAGUGCCUUGUCCAUACACCAGAGUUUGCUAGAUACUUCCGUGAAGAUUACCAUCAGGAAAUAAAUUGGCAAAACCCAUUGGGCAUGGUUGGUGAGCUUGCUUUAGCAUUUGGGGAGUUACUUAGGAAGCUUUGGGCUCCUGGCCGCACUCCAGUCUCUCCACGGCCAUUUAAAACAAAACUUGCUCGUUUUGCUCCUCAAUUUAGUGGAUAUAAUCAGCAUGACUCUCAGGAGCUUCUGGCAUUUUUGUUAGAUGGCCUUCAUGAGGAUCUGAAUCGUGUAAAGCAUAAACCUUACAUUAAGUCUAAAGAUGCUGAUGGUCGAUCAGAUGAAGAAGUUGCAGAUGAAUAUUGGGCAAACCACAUUGCACGAAAUGAUUCAAUUAUUGUUGACGUAUGCCAGGGCCAAUACAAGUCUACUCUGGUUUGUCCUGUGUGUGGCAAAGUCUCAGUGACUUUUGAUCCAUUUAUGUAUCUUUCAUUGCCUAUACAAUCUGCGUCUUCCCGUAACAUCACAGUUACAAUCUUCACCAGUGACGGGAGUGCACUGCCAACACCAUGCACUGUGAGCGUGCCCAAGCAGGGUAGGUGUAAGGACCUAAUCCAGGCUCUGAGCAAUGCUUGUUCUUUGAAAAGUUGGGAGAAGCUUGUACUUGCUGAGAUUCGUGGUCACAGGGUUCAUCAGUUCUUGGAUGAUCCUUUAGUCCUCCUAUCCACUAUCAAAGAUGAUGAUCAUCUAGCAGCCUACAAGCUCCCUAACUUGGCGAGGAGCACUGUUUUUCUUCAACUUGUUCAUCGUCAAGGAGAAUUGGCACCUGGCAAUUCAAACAACUCAAUGCUUUGGAAACCUUUUGGAAUACCUCUCAUGUCUUCCAUAUCACAGGAAGAAAUUACGACAAGAGGCGAUCUCAAUGACAUUGUUCAAGCAAUAGUUCAUAAAAUGCUCACUCCCAUGCAACAAAGUGAAGAUCUACAAGCCUCUGGUCUCUCAAACUCCAGUAAUUUUACAGUAACACAUACUGGUCAAGCUAUUAAUACAAGGGAAGUAUGCAAGGAUUCUUCUGAGAAUAAUGUUAAUGAUAAAGAAAGUUGUGAUGGUAAAACCACAGGCUUCAAACUCUUUCUUCAAGUGGAUGAUGAGGAUAAUGCGUGCAUUGAUUUGUCGAUAGAUGAAGAGAAAACCAUGGAGCUGCCCUUGUCAUCAUCAUUUUUACUCUUUAUCAACUGGUCACAGAAUGAUCUUGAGAGAUAUAAUACUAAAUAUAUGGAGAACCUCCCAGAAGUUUUUAAGCACACUCCUGCACCCAAGAGAUCCCGUGGUGAACCCCUCUCAUUGUAUGCAUGUCUUGAUGCUUUCUUAAGGGAAGAACCAUUGGUACCGGAAGAUAUGUGGUAUUGUCCGAGAUGCAAGGAACAAAGACAAGCAAGCAAGAAGUUGGACCUAUGGAGGCUUCCUGAAGUGCUUGUUAUCCAUUUGAAACGGUUUUCUUUCAGUCGGUCUACAAAGCAUAAACUAGAAACUUUUGUCAACUUUCCCAUUCAUGAUUUUGACUUGACAAAUUAUGUUGCCAACAAGAACAGCUCACAGCGUCAACUUUAUGAGCUUUAUGCCUUGAGCAACCAUUAUGGCAACAUGGCCAGUGGACACUAUACUGCACACAUCAAAAUGCAGCUACUAGACGAGAACAGAUGGUAUAACUUUGAUGACAGCCACAUUUCUGCUAUCAAUGAGGAUGAAGUGAAGUCAAAUGCUGCUUAUGUGCUCUUCUACCGAAGAGUAAAGGGAGAAGGUGCCGCUACAAGCAAUGGAGCUCACUCUUAUGCAACUCACAAUCCCAAUCCAAGUCGAAGAUAAACUCUCUGGGCUUCUUAGGUGCGCAGAUAUUUAGAUUCAAUCUGAUGAAAGCUUUAAGUUGUAUUGUAAUAGGAAGUUGGCAUAGGUGCUUAUUUUGAUAGACAAAACUUUUCAUGUUAUCCUGAUGUUUACCAUUGUUGACUUAAAAGCUCAAGUUUCAAUUCAAUUACCGAGUUUAAAAUGAUGAA